AUGCAAAUGAACAAAGACGACAACCGUCCUGCUUUAGAGAAGUAUGGUUCUAGUUUGACUGAUUUGGCGAAGGACGGUAAACUAGAUCCUGUUAUCGGGAGAGAUGAAGAGAUACGCCGGACCAUUCAAAUCUUAUCGAGAAGAACCAAAAACAACCCUGUUUUGAUCGGUAAUGCAGGUACCGGAAAGACUGCCAUCAUGGAAGGUUUAGCCCAGCGAAUUUUGAGAGGCGAAGUUCCUGAUUCCAUGAAGGAUAAGGAAAUAAUCACCCUUGAUUUGGCCGCAAUCAUAUCGGGAGCCAAAUUUAGAGGUGACUUUGAAGAAAAAUUGAAACAAAUUUUGCAGGAAGUGGAAGAAAAAGAAGGUAAGGUUAUUUUGUUCAUUGAUGAAUUGCACAUUUUGAUGGGCUUAGGGAAGGCUGAAGGCUCGAUAGACGCAUCUAAUAUGUUGAAACCAGCUCUAGCUAGAGGAAAACUUUCCCUCUGUGGUGCAACUACUAUCGAUGAAUAUCGUAAGUACGUUGAGAAAGACGCUGCGUUGGCUAGAAGAUUCUCCCCCGUUCAAGUUAACGAACCAACUGUCCAAGAUACCAUAUCUAUCUUACGUGGACUUAAAGAAAAAUACGAGGUACAUCAUGGUGUGCGGAUCGCUGAUGGUGCCUUGGUGAGUGCUGCACUUUACUCAAACCGUUACAUCAGAGACCGUCACUUACCGGACAAAGCCAUUGAUUUAGUUGAUGAGGCCUGUUCAACUUUACGAUUACAACACGAAUCCAAACCAGAUGCUAUCGCUCAAUUGGACCGUCAAAUUAUGACGAUCGAGAUUGAACUUGAGUCCUUAAGAAAGGAAGAGGACCAAUUGUCUGUUGAUCGCAGGAACAAGUUGGAAGAUGAGCUAAAAGUGAUUAAAGCAGAGUUGGAGGAAUUUACAGAGCAGUGGGAGUCCGAGAAGCAACUGAUUGACAAUAUUAAGCAAGCCAAAGCUGAAUUGGAACAGGCAAGAUUUGAUUUGGAACAACAUCAACGAGAAGGAAACUACGGGUUGGCUUCUGAGUUACAGUACUCGACCAUUCCACAUCUUGAAUUGAAGUUGAAGGAAAUGACAGAGAUAGAGUCAGUGGCUACCAACUUGUUACAUGAUUCUGUAACCUCGGAUGAUAUUGCCAAUGUGAUUUCCAAGAUGACAAGUAUCCCAGUUUCUAAUCUUAUGAAGAAUGAAAUUGAUAAAUUGUUGGACAUGGAAAGUACUUUGAGGAAAAAAGUUGUUGGACAAGACGAGGCCAUCCAUUCCAUUGCUGAUGCGGUAAGAUUACAGAGAGCAGGCUUGACGAGUGAUCAUAGACCAAUUGCUUCAUUCAUGUUCUUGGGUCCUACUGGUACUGGUAAGACAGAAUUGACAAAGUCUUUGGCUGAGUUUUUAUUCAACGACCAGGGAGCAGUGAUCAGAUUUGACAUGUCUGAAUUCCAAGAGAAGCACAGUUUGUCAAGAUUGAUAGGCUCUCCUCCAGGAUAUGUUGGAUACGAUGAAAGUGGUGAAUUAACUGAGGCCAUCAGACGUAAGCCUUAUUCAGUUGUAUUAUUUGAUGAAUUUGAAAAGGCACACAGUGAUAUAUCCAAAUUGUUACUACAAGUGCUUGACGAAGGCUCCUUGACCGAUUCGCAUGGUAAGCAUAUUGAUUUCAGAAAUACUAUUAUUGUUAUGACUUCGAACAUUGGACAAGAAAUCUUAUUGGCAGACAAAGAUGCCCAUGACGAUGGACACAUUAAUGAGAGUACCAAGAAGGAAGUGGUUGAAGUUUUAAAACACUAUUAUCCUCCAGAAUUUCUCAAUCGUCUUGACGAAGUCUUGAUCUUCAACAGAUUAUCCAAAGAAUCCUUGAAGAGCAUCUUAGAAAUUCGUUUAUCCGAAAUAGGUGACAGGUUAAAGGACAAGAGAAUCACUUUAAAUUUGACAAAUGAUGCUAAGAACUUGAUUUGCGAUUUGGGUUACGAUCCAAUUUACGGUGCCAGACCCUUAAACAGGGUAUUACAAAAGAAGAUCUUGAAUCCUUUGGCAAUGUUGUUGAUCAAGGGACAAAUCAAGGAAACAGAGACGGUAAACAUUGUUGUUAAGAACAAUCAAAUUUAUGUUGCUCCCAAUCAUGAGGAAGUCAAGUGA